AUGCCACAAGAACCGGCAGCUAAUUUUACGCGCGUGAUCAAUCUUGAUGAGCACAAUGGUAAAGAGAUCAAACGAGCAAUUCUUCCACGAACGGCUGGAAAGUAUCAUCGAAGUCUGAUGAUCUUUGACAGAUUCCUUGAGCUGCAUCCCGCUGCCUGCUCUCCCCCUGAUAUCAAAACAUAUAAAGGGUUUUUGGAAUUUUAUUAUAUUAUAUCAGAUUUGAAGACCAAACUGGGUCUUCCAGAUGUUGAGAUGCCCAGAGAUGGACUGUCUCUGAAUGAUUUGACCAUUCUCCUAACGCAGCUUUGGUUUCGGGAUUUUAAGGAAUACCGCAGCCAAUACCCCGACCAAAGUAGAGUACAGCUUACUGCACCAAUAUUACUCUAUUGCUUUUCUUCGGCUCAGACUGGAGAGGUACAUGAGUCCACAGCUCACCGAUCUAUCGCCCAGCAGAAGGAUAAUGGCGACGACAACGACACUAAGCUCUGGGCCAGUGUCAUGGUAGCAUACUACAAGAGCUGGUCGAUGGCAUUCCAAUGUACAGAUUCGUUCGUCGCGCCACCUCCGUUCGCCUUCAGUGUCUGA